AUGAAGAUUCCGUGGCGCCAGGUGGAGUCGUCCAAGCCUGCUGCGGACAAGAAGGAGGGCACCAAGUUGCUCAAGAAGAAGAAGAAGGAGAAGAAGAAGAAAAAGAAGAAGAAGAAGCUGAAGGAGUGGAAGCUCAAGGACGCCAAGAUCGAGAAGUGGAACUGCGAGGACUGCGCCAAGAGGCUGAACAAGAGGGUGGUGCUCUUCGGCUUCAGGGUGCAGUGCUCGUUCUGCUUCAGGCCGCCACCGUCACCCAUCAGGGAGAAGCAGAUGGCGGCCAUCCGCAAGGCCAACAGGGAGGAGUUCGAGCGCUCGAAGCCUCCCAAGAAACAGCUGGUGUCGGCCACGGCUGCGAGUUCUUCGACCUGUCCAAAGGUGACGGUGCGGAAGAACUCUUUCCUCAAGAAGUUCAAGCUGAAACGCAAGUUCCUGGGGAAGCAGGCCACGGCGAUGGAGCUCAGCGAGCCGACGGAGGAGGAGCUGCUGAACACGGCGGACAAGGGCUCGCAGCUGGAGCACAUCGAUGCAAUGGCCAGCAAGCAGCAGACGACCAAGGACAACCUGCAGGAGUUGAUCCAGUCGCUGCAGCCCGCCCUGCACACGGGCACGGAGGAGGCGCGCCACAGGGUGAAGGCGCUCAUCCAACAGGCCGAGAAGUCCCUGUCCAGCGCGGAGGAGAGCCUGGUGCGGCUCAGGCGCCCGAGGACCCUGGUGGAGGCGGGGGACGACCUGGAGUUCUCAUUGGAGGACUUUCUUGAGGGCAGGAGGCUCCAGGACGCGCUCGACGCAGCCAGCACGCCUGAGGCCAUGCGCAUGGCGUUGCUGGCCAUCGAGUCGUUCGUGUUCAGGCUCUCGCUCGCCCAGGCGUCCCAGUAG